ACGGUUACGACGCGCCCCCGACUUAAUUUCUCCAGCGCAUACAGUCGCUCUCACUCGCUCAGAUUAGACUAUAAACUCACACCUUUACAUUUUCCCUCUCCUUUAUGUCCCAAUUAUUACACUCCUAAUCAUGCCUUCUAACAAAUCCCUCCACCUUCUCAUCCUCUUCUUCCUCUCCGUCGUCACCACCACCGUGCAUUCCCGUCCGUUCAUAUCCUCUCUCUCCUCCGAUCUGAAUCUAAUCUCCGAUGGACUGGCCCACACCAACCGAACCACUCCCCCCACGUACAUCCACCUGCGCCACGUCGCGGCGGAGGAGGCAGCUUGUGAACAGAGCUACGGAUUCAUGCCGUGUACGACGACGGUGCUGGGGAACAUGUUUCUGAUUGUGGUGUAUGGAUAUCUGAUGUUUUUAGCUGCUACUUAUUUGUCUAAUGGCAGUGAGCUUUUGCUUGAGAUUUUGGGGCCUGGAAUUGUUGGCGGCUUGUUUCUUCCUAUGCUUGGCGCUCUUCCUGAUGCCAUGCUUAUUCUCGUAUCCGGACUUUCUGGAAGUGCAGAAACAGCUCAAAGCCAGGUCUCUGUUGGAAUGGGUUUGCUAGCUGGGUCAACUGUGAUGCUACUUACCUUCAUCUGGGGAACUUGUGUUGUUGUUGGUAAAUGCGACAUCCGGGAGGAAGAUUCUAUUGCUAUAAGUGGACGGGAUACCAGGGGUUUCAGCUUAACUGGUUCUGGUGUUAGUACUGAUAUUUGGACUUCUUAUGCUGCAAGUAUAAUGAUUAUAUCUGUUCUCCCAUUUCUUGUGGUUCAACUACCACAGCUCCUUGACUCAACUUCAGGAAGACACUUGGCGGUUUUGAUUGCACUUAUUUUAUCUGUAUCAAUGUUGAUUUCUUAUUGCCUUUAUCAGGUCUUUCAGCCAUGGAUACAGAGGAGGCGGCUUGCUUUUGUAAAACACAAACAUGUAAUAUCAGGAAUUUUGAAGCAUUUAAGUGGUUUGGGGAAGUUCCUAACUGAUGAUGGCCAACCUAAUAAAGCUGUGAUGCAAAAGCUAUUUAAUGCUAUUGAUGAGAAUAAAGAUGGUAAACUAUCUGUUACCGAAUUAAAAGCACUGAUAUUAGGAAUUCGGUUUGAAGAGAUAGACUUCGAUCGGGAUGAUGCUGUGGAUAAAGUGAUGAAAGAUUUUGAUGCAUCUCUGGAUAAUAGUGUUGAUUUGGAAGAGUUUGAAAAUGGUAUCAUUAAAUGGAUUGAAGAGGCAAGGCGAUCAGCGGCAGCCUCAACUGAAUUCAUACAUGAUUUUCAUUUGCAAACAAAGAGAGAACAUACUUUGUUGGGGUCUGAGGAACGAGUGGAGGAACAAAGUGAUGAAGUUGUAGAGGGCGUUGUAAACCCCAAAUGGAUCUCCUUCAAAGCAGUGUUGAUGUUGUUAUUUGGAACCAUGAUUGCAGCUGUAUUUGCAGAACCAUUGGUGGAUGCUGUCGAUAAUUUUUCUGCUGCAACAAGUAUUCCUACUUUCUUCAUCUCAUUUAUUGCACUGCCCUUGGCUACCAACUCUAGUGAAGCUGUGUCAGCAAUCAUCUUUGCUACUCGAAAGACACUUAGAACUGCUUCAUUAACAUUUUCAGAGCUAUAUGGAGCCGUGACCAUGAAUAACCUUCUCUGCCUUUCAGUAUUCCUGGCCAUUGUUUAUGCCAGAGGGUUAACAUGGAACUUCUCAUCGGAAGUUUUGGUUAUCUUUAUAGUGUGUAUCGUGAUGGGUAUUUUCGCCAGUUUCCGCUCCACCUUUCCUCUUUGGACAUCUUCAUUAGCUUACUUCCUCUAUCCCUUCUCAUUGGCAUUGGUCUAUGUUCUUGAUUAUGUUUUCGGUUGGUCAUAGACUAAUGAAUUUUAGCUACUUGGAGGAGACGGGCUAUUUAUUCUUACAUGUGUGGAAAUAUUACAAUCGAACUCUGCAUAAAUUUUUCGAGGUCUAGUAUGUUUCUCUAUUGUUUUUUCUUUAAUAUAUUAGCGUCUAUGUUGCAAGGGAACUUGUCGCUAUGUUUUGACGUUUUGUUUGCACAUGUUAAAAUAUUCUGAAAUUCUGAGACUUUAUUUAUGUAACUUAUUCUCGUAAAAAAUGUUGUUUCCCAUUUUUCA